CCCCUCCUAUGGCAGAAGGUGGAGGAGAAAAGGAGGCCUGGGGCAGCCCAGCCCACUGUGGGGACCAGGGUCUGUGUCACCAUGGCCUGGACUCUUAUUCUCCUUGUGCUCCUGUCUCACCGUGCAGGCUCCCUGUCCCAACCUGUGCUGACCCAGCCACCCUCCCUCUCUGCAUCCCCUGGAGCAUCAGCCAGACUCACCUGCACCCUGAGCAGUGGCUUCAGUGUUGGCAGCUACUACAUGUACUGGUACCAACAGAAGCCAGGGAGCCCUCCCAGGUAUAUCCUGUGCCACAAGUCAGGUGCAGAUAAGCACCAGGGCUCUGGGAUCCCCAGUCGCUUCUCCGGGUCCAAAGAUGCCUCGGCCAAUGAGUGGUUUCUGCUCAUCUCUGGGCUGCAGCCUGAGGACGAGGCUGACUAUUACUGUGCUCUAUAUCAUUACAUUGGAAAUGACUAUCAUUACUCACGGUGUCUCAGAUAA